AUGCCGGGGCUAGACGUGACGGCCGAUAUAGAGACCCUCCACCUGCCUCGAAUCCUCUGUCUCCAUGGCGGCGGCUCGAACGCGAGAAUCUUCCAUACCCAGUGCCGUGUCAUGAGAGCUCAUCUCAAGUCCAGCUUCAGACUGUGUUUUGUUGAUGCGCCGUUUUCUAGCCCCGCGGGACCUGGCAUCGAGUCCGUGUACGAAGACUAUGCGCCAUUCUACUGCUGGCAUAACUGGAAACCCGGCAUUACAGAAGACUUUGGUGGACAGACGCUGAAUUACGUGGAGAAGAUACUCCGGGAAGCAAUGGCCGAAGAUGAUUCGAGAGGAGCUACGGGAAAAUGGGUUGGUAUAUUGGGUUUCAGCCAAGGCGCAAAGACGAGCGCAAGCAUCUUGAUGAAGCAGCAAGUCCAAACGGAGCUGAACAUACGAGAUGAAAAUUCGUUCGACUUUAAAUUCGGCGUGAUAAUGAAUGGACGGGGGCCAUUCCUGGAAUUAGGCCUAGACGUUGGAAGCGAUAACAGUGUCCCUGGGAGUUCUGCUUCUUCCGCUACGGGGCGAUCAGAAGAUGCUGCGCCUGCCAGUGAACUUCUACAGAUACCCACAGUGCAUGUUCAUGGACGUCGAGACCCGGGCUUAAAUCUUCACAGAAACCUGCGAGAGUCCUACUUCGUGAAGAGCAGUACGCGAUUGGUGGAAUGGGAUGGCGACCACCGACUGCCGAUUAAAUUCAACGAUGUCGAUGCUGUUGUUUCUCAGAUACGAGAGGUAGCCAAAGAAACCGGCGCUCUUUGA